AUGUCUAGAUCAAGAAGAAUCGCUGAGGAGUUGCGUUGGCAUUUCAACAAUGCAUCAGAGGAUGGUAUAAUGCGACACCCGGUGGACUCGAUAACUUGGGCUCAGGUCAAUGGCAACUGGCUAGAGUUUGCUGCCGAACCUAGGAACCUUCGACUAGGUAUUUCUACAGAUGGUAUGAACCCUUUCGCUAUUCAGAAUACCAAAUAUAGUAUGUGGCCAGUGUUCUUAGUGAAUUAUAAUAUGUCUCCAGUGAUGUCUAUGAAGGCUGAGAAUAUUAUGUUGAUGAUGCUAAUCCCUGGGCCAACUGCACCAAGCAAUAAUCUUGAUGUUUAUCUACAACCAUUAGUAGAUGAUUUGAAGGACUUAUGGGAAGAAGGUAUUGAAGUGUACGAUGCAUAUUUGAAAGAGAAGUUCACACUUAAAGCUAUCUUGUUGUGGAGUAUUAGUGAUUAUCCAGCUUUAGAGACUUUGUCUGGAUGUAAAGUGAAGGGGAAACAAGCUUGUAAUGUUUAUGGGAAGGAUACACCACAUAGAUGGCUGAAGUUUAAUAGGAAGUAUGUGUAUUUGGGAAAUAGGAAACGGCUUAGUCCUGGACAUCCUUAUAGACGUAGGAAAGGAUGGGAUAGUAAAAGAAAACGAGCUGAGUUAUGUGAAGAUGAUGUAGGCUCAGAGGAAGAAUAUGAAGAGGACUUUGAUCAAUGGCGGUGGAAGAAACGAUCAAUAUUUUUUGAGUUAGCAUAUUGGAAGGAUUUGCCGGUUCGCCAUAACAUCGAUGUUAUGCAUGUUGAAAAGAACUUGUCAGACGCUAUACUGUCUAUUAUGAUGAAUAGGGCUAAAUCAAAAGAUGGAGUCAAGGCAAGGAAAGACUUGGAAGAGAUGGGGAUUAGAAGAAACUUGCACACACAAACCAGGGGAAAGAAAAUUUACCUGCCGCCAGCAGCUUAUUGGUUCUCUAAGGAUGAAAAGAUCCGAUUUUGCAAGAGGUUAGCCAAGCUUAGAGGCCUUGAUGGUUACUGUGCAAAUAUUGCAAAUUGUGUUUCUCUGAAUCCUCCGGUUAUUAGUGGUUUGAAGUCGCAUGAUCAUCACAUCCUUAUGCAAAACUUAUUGCCUGUUGCAUUGAGAUGUUUGCUGCCAGAAGGACCCAGAGUUGCUAUUACUCGUUUAUGCAACUAUUUCAACCGGUUAUGCCAGCGUGUGAUUGAUCCAGAAAAUCUUAUUACUCUUGAGUCUGAGUUUGUAGAAACAAUGUGUCAAAUGGAGAGGUUUUUCCCUCCUUCACUAUUCGAUAUCAUGUUUCACCUUCCUCUACACCUAGGAAGGGAAGCACGGUUGGGUGGACCUGUACACUUUCGGUGGAUAUAUCCGUUUGAGAGGUACAUGAAAACACUGAAGACGUAUGUAAAAAAAUUUUCUAGGCCAGAAGCGUGUAUGGCGGAGGCAUAUUUGGCUGAAGAAUGUCUUGCCUUUUGUUUAGAGUUUAGUAAGAGCACUCUACCAAUACAAGAGGCCAUCAACCGUAAUGAAGAUGUUGAAUGUGAUGAACAUAUCCUCGAAGGUCGUCCACUACAAAAAAAGAUGGAAGUAACACUUUCAUCUAAAGAGCUAGACAUAGCUCAUCAGUAUGUUUUAAUGAAUACAGCCAUUAUGGAUCCUUAUAUUGAACUGCAUUUGGAAGAAUUGCAAGCUACUAAUUUACGAUGUGCAAGAGAUGAGACUUAUUGUUGGAAACUUCAUACUGACCGGUUUGCAAAGUGGAUAAAAGCAAAGGGUAAUUCAACGAAGCUUAGAUGGUUAGCAUUUGGUCCACGACAUACGGCUCAAAGCUACAAAGGAUAUGUCAUUAACGGCCAUCGAUUUCAUAGAGACGACGUAAAGCGAAUGACUCAGAACAGUGGAGUGACAUACGAAGCUUUCAGUAUGUGUAGAUCUAGUGCUCAAGAUAGUAGACAAAUGGCUGACAUGGUUGUUUACUACGGAGUGAUAAAGGAGAUCAUUCUGCUUGACUAUCACAUGUUCCAAGUUCCACUAUUCAAGUGCAGUUGGGCAAACAGAGGGUAUGGUGUAAAGGAAAAAGACGGCGUCACUCUUGUGAACCUCCAUAUGAACCAGUCAUCUUUUCUACAAGAUCCAUACAUUAUGCCAUCACAAGCAAAGCAAGUUUUUUACUCUAGAGAAGAUGAUUCUUCAUCUUGGUAUGUUGUUAUGUGGGCGCCACCUAGAGGUUAUCAUGAAUUGGAGACAGAAGAGGAAUUUGUUAGUGGAUCAGUAUCAGUCGUGCAGCAAGAUGACCUGAAUCAAGCGUCUGAUGAUGAAAUUUUUGUGUUAGGGAUGACUGUGAAGGGAUUUUAA